ACCCCAGCCCGCCCGCCCGCCCGCCCGCCCGAAGCGACGCCUCACCUCGCACCUGCUUCGUUCCACCCGCCCCCCGCGGGAAGCUUCUAGAAGGGGGAGGCACCGGCGGAGCCAUGGCGGAGGAGAAGGAGUCGACGUCGAUCCCACUCAGCCAGGCGGCGGAGGCCGUCGACCCCGAGGACCCGGCCAAGUCGCCACCGCGGCCCAGCUCGCCCACCACCUCCACGCGCAAGGCAUGCUGCGCUGUUCUUCAAAGUUGGGUGUCAAGAAAAUUUAUGACUGGAUGUGUAGUACUUUUCCCUGUUGCAGUCACGUUCUUCAUCACAUGGUGGUUUAUUCAAUUUGUUGAUGGGUUUUUCAGUCCCUUAUAUGCGAAACUUGGAAUCGACAUAUUUGGUCUUGGUUUUUUGACUUCUCUGGUAUUCAUAUUUCUGGUUGGAAUAUUUGUUUCUUCAUGGGUUGGUUCAACCAUCUUCUGGGUGGGAGAGUGGUUUAUAAAGAAAAUGCCAUUUGUAAGGCAUAUAUAUUCAGCAUCGAAGCAAGUCAGCACUGCGAUUUCACCAGAUCAAAAUACGACAGCUUUCAAAGAAGUUGCAAUAAUUCGUCAUCCACGAAUUGGUGAAUAUGCAUUUGGAUUCAUAACAUCAACAGUGGUCCUUCAGACUGACAAAGGCGAUGAGGAACUGUGUAGUGUUUAUGUGCCAACAAAUCAUCUAUACAUUGGUGACAUAUUUCUGGUGAACUCUGAGGAGAUCAUAAGACCUAAUUUAUCCAUUCGAGAAGGAAUUGAAAUAAUUGUUUCAGGAGGAAUGACCAUGCCUCAGGUGAUUGCAUCAAUGGAGCCCAUGCCACGGAAAAGCCAGAACAUUCGUCUUAAUAGAAUGGCGUGAUGUAACAAGUCACAGAUGCAGCAAAGUAAACAUUUCCAACCUUAUUAGCCCCAGCUGGUGUGUUUGGCAUGUUUAACUGAUGGUUGCACAUCAAGCAGAUAACGUGACCUGUGGGUUUGUGAUUCGGUGUCUGGGCUGUGUGUUUACCCUGUGAUGUUACAUGUUUGGAUAGGGGAACAAGUAUGUUCUGAGCCCAUCAUGGCAUUACAAAUGCAGGGUAAGCAUCGUGUUGAUGCUCUGAGAUACUAUUGUAUCACUCAUGUCGUGGUACAACUGACUAGUGACCGGUUCAAAAUGUUGACUUCUACACUUGAGAGAUGUAUAAGUAGCUUGCCUGAUUAAAUUCGUUUGUAACAGUAUGAUGUAUAACAUCUUAAAUUACAAAAAAGAGCAUCGAUGCCCUGACCUGGUUUCUUCUGUCAA